GGAGCUAAUGUGUCUGAUGUUUUCCUCACAGCGUUUUCGAUGACGGGGUGCAGCCCUAUGUUUGCAAUGCAACACAUGGUAGGUGUGCCUCAUGUACUGGCGAGAAGAACCUUCCUUGGAAAGGACCUCCUUGUGACAAGGACUCUGUGCAGUCCAGGUCCCAGCCAGCCCAGAGAGAAGCGACCCGAGGCUGCGGCAGCGUUAGGGCUGUAUCAGCGCCUCCCAGCCUUGGGAAGAACGCUGGGACACACCAUUCAGCAACAAGCAGCCUCCACAGCCAAGGCAUGGUGGGACAGAUAUGAAGAGUUUGUGGGACUCAAUGAAGUGCGAGAGGCCCAAGGAAAUGUGGCAGAGGCGGAGAAGGUGUUCAUGGUGGCUCGGGGCCUUGUCCGAGAGGCUCGGGGGGAUCUAGAAACUCAGCAGGCUAAGCUGAAGGAGGUAAGGGACCGCUUGGACCGAGUCUCCAGGGAGGACAACCAGUACCUGGAACUGGCGACUCUGGAGCACAGGAUGCUACAGGAGGAAAAGAGGCUCCGAACAGCGUAUGUGCGUGCAGAAGACGCGGAGCGGGAGAAGUUCUCCCUCUUCUCUGCAGCUGUGCGGGAGAGUCAUGAGAAGGAGCGCACAAGGGCUGAGAGGACCAAGAACUGGUCCCUCAUUGGGUCAGUUCUAGGAGCCCUGAUCGGUGUGGCUGGCUCCACCUAUGUUAACCGGGUCCGGCUGCAAGAACUGAAGGCCUUACUCCUAGAGGCCCAGAAAGGGCCUGUUAGUCUCCAGGAGGCCAUCCGUGAACAGGCUACUAGCUACUCCCUCCAACAGAGAGACCUCCAGGACCUUAUGGUGGAUCUGAGGGGCCUGGUGCAUGCUGGGCAGGGCCAGGGCUCCAGGUCACCCACAGGAACUUCUUCUACCCCAGGAAAAGACAUAGAUGUCCUCUCUGCUGCCAUGAGAGAGCAGCUCAGUCAUUCUCGGCAGGUCCAUUCCUGCCUCGAGGGUUUACGAGAGCGGCUCGAUGGGCUGGAAAAGACUUGCAGCCAGAUGGCUGGGGUGGUUCAGCUUGCAAAGGCUACAGCGCAUGCAGGCCUGGCGGAGCAGGAGGAUGGGGCCCUGCCCAGCUCUUUGCUAGAACAGGGGAGCGUGAUCUUGGCCCUGUCUGAUGUGGAGCGGAAGUUAGAAGCUCAAGUCAACAGGAAUACCAUCUGCAGCACGCUGGUCACCUGUGUGACUUUCGUGGCCACAUUGCCUGUGCUCUACAUGCUAUUCAAGGCCAGUUAGCCCCGGAAUCCUUCUUCAAAGGGACAGAAGGGGGAACGUGGCCUUGAUUGGUCAUAUAAUGAAUCUUGAGGUGCACAGGACCUCAGCCUAACUCUGAGUACCAUGUGAGGGGCUCACCGGCAGGUAUUUAUUUUGUAGGUAAUGUUUAUUUACAUCAUGUAUCAAAACUUUGUGCAAAUGUCCAAUUAAAAUAUCUAAAAAUUUGUAUUAUUUUAAAGACUCUUACAUCAG